AUGAUAGUAGAUAUCCUCCACGACAUCCGCAUCUGGACCCUAUUUGCCCUCCUCAGCGGCGUCUACAUCUACAUCCAGAACCACCGGCGCCGCCCAUCCUUCCCCGUAAUAAACACCCACGCAAACGAUCUCUUCGGGCGAAAAGCCAACCAAGACUACGUCACCAAUGCCUCCGCCCUAAUAACCACCGGCCUCACCACCCACCCGGCACGCCCCUUCGCCCUCGCCCUCCCCAACGCCUACAAAGUUGUCCUCCCAGCUUCCCUGACCAACUUCGUCAAAUCGAACCGAGACUUAGAUCACAGGGACUUAGUGCGUCAAGACUUCUACGCAGGAUAUCCCGGUUUCGAAGCUCAGGAUGUGUUGCACGCGUCUGGGGAUAUGUUGCUGGACAUCAUCAAGACGAAACUAGGGCAGAAUGACAGUGUUAUGCCUGUUCUGAGCGAAAAGUUGGUUAGUGCAUUGCGUGCGCACUGGGGUGAAGAGAGGGAGUGGCGGAUGCUGAACUGGCAUGCCGAUACCACGGUCAUAAUCGCGCGCGCUGCUUCGUCGGUUUUUGUUGGACCGGAGAAGUGUGAGGACGAGGAGUGGUUGAAGCUUGUGCAGGGAUAUGUCAUGGCAUAUUUCUCUGCGGUAGGCGAAUUGCAUGCGUAUCCAGCAUGGUCGCGACGCAUUAUCCAGCGAUUCUUCUCACCCAGUGCAUCUGCAUGCCGGAAACACGUCGCCCGCGCGAGGCAAAUCAUGAAAGACGUCCUCGCGGAUCGAAAACGCCGAGUUGAAGGGGCGAAGGCAGAAGGCAGGGAUAUACCCGUUUGGAACGAUGCACUUGCGUGGACGCAGGCUGCUCCAGGAGGCAAAGAAGCGGAGGCGGGCGAUUUGCAACUGUCGCUUGGGAUGGCGGCUAUGUUCACCACGAGUGAGCUGUUUAGGCAGGUUCUGAUCGAUGUGGCAUCGCAUCCGGACGUUAUCGCGCCGUUGCGCGAAGAGUCACAGCAGCAGAUUGCUAAGCACGGUGUCUCAGUCGCUGCGACAAAUGGGAUGGUGCUGAUGGAUAGUGUACUGAAAGAGAGUCAGAGAAGGAGUGCGGCCGCAGGUAUCUAUUCCCCUCCCUUCAUCUAUACUUCCAUACGACGCUCUGGAUAA